CCUUUGGGACAGUGGAAGAGGCACUGCAGGGUGGCUUUUAGAAGCUGCAAUGGGCUUCCUCCAGGUACACCUCCUGUUUUGGGUGCUGCUGCCUGUUUUUCUGAGAGCAUGGCCUCGCCAAAAGGAGACCCCCAAACUUCUGCCCUGCUGGAAGGUAAGGCACCUAGAAUCACAGAAUUGUAGAGUUGGAAGGGGACAGUCAUUCAGUCCAACCACUCAUUGGAGUUUUUUUAUACAGAGGUUGGGUCUGUAUAUAUUAGAAUCUUUCAAGAGGGCUGGGGACAUCUAUGGCCCUCCAGAUGUCCUUGGACUUCAGCCAGCAUGGCCAAUGGUCAAGACUGAUGGGAUUUGUAGUCACGGGUUCCCUAGGCUUGCUCUAACCUAUUGGACACACAGCCUUCUCAAGGGUGAGCUUUCACCUCUGUCAAAAUUAAAUCCCAAAAAUAUUGUACCAAAUUAGAUUUUGCCAUCAAUAUGUACUGAGUUUAUUGCAACCCGUCUGACAAUUAGCUGAUAUGGAAGAAAACAUAUUUUGGAAAAUGUAUGGAUUAACUGUAUAAAUAAUGAAUCUCAAUAAAGAAUAAUUUAAAACAAAAAAACACCAUUAUUAUUUUUUACAUUUACAAAGGGGUAUGAUGCCAUCUGUGAAUCAAUUUCAUUGAGCUUUCCCUAAGAAAGCUGGAAACAGAUUUUAUUCCAAUCCUCAGGGAAUAAUUUUUGUGCCGAUAUCCAGCUCCCGUAUCUUUUUACGGGGUUCCAUAGAUCUGUAAGUUAAAUUAAGCAAUAUGGAAUACAAUUUAGAAACUAAUCUUCCUCCACCCAUUGUGUUUAAUAAAUUUAUAAAUUGGGUCUCAGAGUUUGCGUUUUUAUGUUCUUUUGUAAUAAAACUAUGAAUUUGAUUAAAAGAAGCCAUUUUGACUCUCCCAAAGGGACCUCAAAUAUUUAUCUGCAGUGGGAAUUACAUUGUCCUAGUAGCAGGGCCAUUCCUUUGAAAUGGUAAAUAGAUUAGUUCCUAAAUCUCUUAUUUACUAGUUUACACCUAUUGACAGUUUGCUCAGCUUAACAGAAACUUGCCAGACUGGAUUUGCAGGAAGGGGGUAAGCCCCAUAGAUUCCAGACAGUUUUGUUAAUGGGAUUUGCAAGUGAAAAGACAAUUGGAAGGUUUUCCCCAUCCUCCUACUACAGAGACAUAUUUGAGGUCCCUUUGGGAGAGUCCAAAUGACUUCAAGGAUUGCUCUCCUGUACUAUUUCAGACAUGUGGUUUAUAUACUUAUGUAUGUUUGUUUACCUUGUGCAUUUAUGAACAUUUAUUCUAUAUUCGAGACCUUAGAAUUCUUAUAACAUUGGCUACUAGCCCUGAUGGCUAUGCUCUGCUUCUACAAUCAGAGGCAUCAGUGCAUCUGAACAUCAGUUGCUAGAAACCAGAGGAAGGGAGAAGACUGAAAUGUUGCUUUUUAUGUGUUAUUAUAUUUGUUAUUGUGUGGUUUUUCUAUGUUAUUAUGAAAAUGCUCUUUGCACUGUUUGAUUUUGAAGCACUUUCCUAUUAGCUUUGUUAUAAGUCACUUUGAGUUUGAUUUUUUGGGGGGUGGAAAAGGGGCAUAAAAAUGAAAUGAAUGAAUGAAUGAAGGAGCUCUUGUGCUUGGGUUCUGCUUACUGGUUUGCCUUUGGGACAUCUGAUUGGUCCUUGUAACUACAGGAUGGUGCACUAGUUGGACCGUUGGCCUGAUUCAGCAGACUCUUCUGAUGCUCUUCUGGAACUUCCAGGUCCAGAGGUAUUUGACCACUGUGAAAACAGGAUGCUGGACUAGAUGGAUCACUGGCCUGAUCCAGCAGGGCUAUUCUUAUGUUCUCAUGUUUGUCUGACUUCCUUUUUCUUACUCCUCCUCUCUCCAGACCUGGAUUUCUGUCUCUUGCAGAGGCAGAGGCUUGACCACGUUUCCACAAGGACUCAGCUAUGAAAUCAAGCGGAUUGACCUCUCCCACAAUGCCAUCUCAAACCUGACAGACCAUGACACAUCUGCUUUGGAACAGCUGGAGCAGCUGGACCUGUCAUACAACCACCUGCGCUCACUGUCCGGGGGAGCCCUGGGGCACCUUGCCCAUCUUCGCUCCCUGAUUCUGGCCGGGAACCAACUCCACCAAGACCAUUUCUCCAAUGGAAACGCCUUCCUGUCAUUGGUGAGCCUGGCAGCCCUUGAUGUCUCAGCCAACGGCUUAGACAACCAGAUGGUGGCCUCAUACCUCCACCACCUCCCAGCUCUGGAGUGGCUAGACCUGUCGGAGAACCACUUGACCUGUCUGGCAAAUGGCAUCUUCCAGGGGGUGCCCAGGCUGAGGGAACUGCACUUGAGGCGCAACUCCCUUGUUCAGAUCGAGGAAGGGGCCUUGUCCCAGCUCAGGGCCCUGGAGGUCCUCGACUUGUCCAUGAAUUCCCUCCACUGCAUCACAGGCUUCGGCCUAGCCCAGCUGCGAGUCCUGAACCUUAGCUACAAUGCACUGGAGUCCUUUGACGGGGCAGGAGAAGAGGCCCCUUGCCGCCUCCAUGCCUUGGACCUGAGCCACAACCGGCUGAAUGCCCUCCCGCUGCUCCCCAGGAGGAACCAGCUUCGGUACCUCAACCUCUCCCACAACGCCAUCACCACAGGGGCUAACAAGAGCCAGAACGUCACGCCUCAGAAUGUCUCUCAGAGCUUUGCAAAACUGAUGGACCUGAAUCUCAGCAGCAACCGCCUGGGAUCAUUCCCAGUUGCGCUUCUUCGUGGUUUGACUUCCCUUCGGACUCUAAGCCUGGCGAGGAAUUGCCUCAGUGACAUUGCCGUGGAGCUGCCCACGAAUCACAGUUCACCAGGUCCCAUUGCCGACAGGGCAUGGCAAAAACAAACCUCACUGUCUCUACGGAUGCUGGACCUCCAAGGGAACUCCAUCAGCCACUUGCCGCCACAUUUUUUCGACCUGCUUCCUGACCUGGAGGUGAUGGACCUUGGCCUCAACCGCAUCCAGCUCUGUCGAGCAAGGAACUCCUCCAAGGGAGAGUGCCUCCAUGCCAAAACAGAGGACUGUACUGCCUUCCACUGCCUUCCACAGCUCAGGCACCUCAGCUUACGCGGGAACAACCUCGGGCUGGUGCAUGAAUGCCUCUUCCACCGAACGCCCUUGGCCUCCCUGGAUCUGUCAGAGAACCAGGGCCUGGUCCUGCCCAGUUAUGCUUUGGAGGGUCUGGAAGCAUCUUUGCAGGAGCUCUCUUUGAGAGGGAACCGAAUGAAGACCGCCAGCCUGAAUUUCCCUUGCCUGGUUUCCCUGAGCAUCCUGGACAUGUCAGGGAAUGACCUGAGUGCCAUCCCUCCCAGCUUGCUUUGCUCCCCGCUGGAGAAGCUGGACAUCCAAGGAAACCAGCUGGAGAGCAUAGAAGAAGCCGCAGCAAAGCAGCUAAGAAGGAGCCUCCGGGCUUUGUCUGUGGCUGGAAACCCCUUCAGCUGCUGCGAGCGAAAGUGGCUGCAAAUCCUGGGCACUUCCGUGCUGGACUUGGGUGAGACGCUGUGUUAUUACCGCAACGGGGAGGAAAGCUUCACAACUCAAAUCAGUGGUGAACAGGCUGGGCAGCUUUGCCCUCGCAAUGCGUACAAGGUCUAUCUGGCUGUAACAGCAUUUUUGGUGUGCACUGUGGGCCUCCUUUGUGCCAGUGUGCGCUGGUUCCUGAAAAGGGCUAAGACCUGCAUGCUACUCUGUCUGAGCUCCCUAAGAAACAAAGUGGAGCCUGCUCCAUCUCCAAGCAAGGAAGCCGACUCUACAAUUUUAUAAUCUUUUUAAAUAUUCAUCCUGCCCUUGUAAAUGGCCUGUAGGAUUUCUGCCUCUGCUUUCCCCUCUGGAGUGAGCAGUUGCUGUUUAUUACACAACCAACUUUACAUCUUUGCAAGCAGCAAAAUUAAUUUUUUUAAAUUAAAUUAAAAAUUAAAUUAAAUUAAAAAAUACUUCAUGCUUCUGAAAACAUUUACAGAAUAUCAAAUAUGCUCAUGGCCAUAAUUUCAAAGUAGCCAAGGAUGGUACAUUUCAGCCAUAAAAUACCUGGGUAAGAUGUAAUGAGCUGUGAGGUAGAGAAGGUUUCUGGUAAGAGGGGAUAAAAGAAAAGGAGGGAAAAGGCAAAUCUGAAUUGAGGCAGGUAAGUGUAAAGUGAUGCACAUUGGGACAAUCUCCUCCCUCUCCUUAUUUGCAACUCCUGCAUUACAGGGGAUUGGACUAAAAAUGCCUCUUGUGGGUUCCUUACAUCUCUUUAUGCAUCAUCCAUCAGCAAUAGCCUUCUGCAAACAUCCCUGAGUUUGCAGUUCUGUUGUUGGCAUGCUGAGAGUGGGGGAUCCCAAACCUUUCCUCUUCUCCCGCAACUCCAGGGAAAGGCUGCUGGCUGCCUCUAUUUAUAGCACUGUUUAUGUAGCUUCUAGAUAGGAGCUAGAGAGGAAGUUGUAGUGCAGGUUCUCAGAGGGUGUUUCUUGCAUAGCAAAGAGAAGCAGAAUCCUGGGUGCUCCAAUAAAGAAGGGGGAAAGGGAACAAUGCUCAGGGAAGUCCAAUGGAGCCCUGUUUAGAAAGGACUUCAAGGCGGAGGGAGGAGGCGGUCCUUCCUAGCUUUGGCAUCCCAUCUUUGCCCACCACUGGACCCAACGUAGCAGCAGCAGCAGCAGAGAGGAAGGAGGCCAGGUGGCCACCCAGUCAGACCUUGGCCCAAGUCAUGCCACCACCUAGUUUUAUUCUGUUUUGAGGCAAGUAAAGAAAUGUACACUUACUCCCUGGGAGGAGCUAACUAUAGGAAGAUCCAAGGCAGGUAAAAUAAAGCACUUCUUAGCAAAUCUAUGGAAAUCUUUCCCACAGGAGGUAGUAAGAGCCACCAACUUGGACGGCUUUAAAACAGGAUUGGACACAUUCAUGGAGGAAGAGACAGUUAUUGAUGGCUUUUAGCCAUGAUGGCUAUGUUCUGCCUCCACAGUUGAAGGUAUUCAUGCUUCUGAAUACCAGUUUCUGGAAACUGUGGGUGGUGUGUGUGUGCUCUUGCUCUCAGGGCUUGCUUGCGGGUUUCCCAUUUCAGCAUCUAGUUGGCCACUGUGAGGGAAGGAUGCUGGACUCAGUAGGCCAGUGGCUUGAUCCAUCAGGCUCUUCUUACACUCCUAAGGAACAUCCAUGUCCAGGGGCAGUCUGUCUAGCUUCCUAGUCUCUUAGGGGCAUUUGGUCCCUGUGAGAACAGGAUGCUGGAUUCGGAUGGGCCAUUGGCAUGAUCAAGCUAGGCUCUUCUCAUGAUCUUUAGGCCUUUGGCAUCCCUCAACCCACCCAGAUUGAGCAGACCAUUGUUUCCUCUCUGAGGAAACUGGUAGCCCUUGGGCAACAAAACUGUGGGUGGCCCAAUGGGAUGGUCUGGGCCAGUCCCGACCCCCUCCCGACCUCAGGAACAUACAAUGGGCCCCCAGGCUCUCAUCUAAACGAUCUAAGCUCCCUGGGGUCCUUGAGGGCCAGUCACUGCCUCUCAGCAUAAUCUUAUCUCACAGGGUUGUUGCUAUUGUGGGGAUUUAUUUAUCACAUGCAUAUCUCACCUUUUCUUUCAAGCUCAAGCUGGAUUACAUGCUGUGAGGAAGGUUAGGUUGAGAUGCAUUGAGAGACCCCCACAGUCUCCCAGUGUUUCUUGGCUGAGCAAGGACACUUGAACUCCACACAACAACCCUGUCUAGUAGAUUAGGCAGAGUCAGUGACUGAUCCCAAAGGUCACCUGGUGAGCUUUAUGGCUGAGUGGGGAUUCGAACCCUGGUCUCUUCAAGGUCAUAGUCCAACACUCUUUAACCGUUACACCACCCUGGCUCUCAGUGAGGAGGGAGAGAACAAAGGAUUCUUGGGAGGAAAAUGCUGGGAUACAAAUGCAAUCAACAGAUGUGCCAUCCUAGAGUGCAGGUAGCCACUGGUGGAAGAUCUGUCUGCCUGGCCAAAGUCCAAAGAUGUUCUUCUAGAGCUGAAGGUUGUGGUGGUGGGGAAAGCUGCACCCCUUCUGAGUUGAAUUACUUUUUAUUAUCUUUUAGGUGUUUUUAGUUUUCUGUAUUUUAACUGUGCCAUUUUCUCUUGAGUCCCAGUCUGGGAAAAAGGCAAGAUAUAAAUAAAUGUAAUAAUAAUUGUAAUUGGCAGCUGAAGCAACAACAGCAGAUAUGUUCCAAUGUCUAAGACAAUAGUCUCCUGCUAAUUAUGCUUCUAAAUACAUAUUCUACAUUUGACCCCCUUUAGAACAGCUUUACUUUGAAAUGUUUGCUUUUUUUUGUUAAUUUUGCUGUGUUAAAUGUGCAUUCUAUACUUGACCUUUGUGUCUUAUGUCCUACAAUGGUACCUCGGGUUAAGUACUUAAUUCGUUCCGGAGGUCUGUUCUUAACCUGAAGCAUCACUUUAGCUAAUGGGCCCUCCUGCUGCCGCUGCUCCGCUAGAGCAUUUUUUCUGUUCUCAUCCUGAAGCAAAGUUCUUAACCUGAGGUUCUAUUUCUGGGUUAGCGGAGUCUGUAACCUGAAGCGUCUGUAACUCGAGGUACCACUGUAUUUUGAAACCUUUAACCUAAGAUUAUAUUUUCUUCUUAGUUUUGAAUGUAUAUUUUAUCUUUUUCUGUGAUGUUUUAUUUUGGAAUAUUUUACUGGAUGUUUGAAUGUAGCUUGCAAACCACCAAGAGAUUAUUUUGCUUAAAAUCAUAAAGCAGUCUAGGAAAUAAAUAAAAAUAAUGCAGGGAUGGUUUUUGUUGCGAUUUCUGCAUUGCAGACUAAGUGUUCCUUGGGGGUUCGUUCCAAAUCCACAGUUCUAUGAUUCUAAUGAAUCCAAUGGCUCUACAAACCUGAUGAGCUGACUGAAAAGUUUUACAUUGAAAAAUGCUUCUUCCGCCAGGCAUUUAAGGAUAAAAUUAUUUGUAGGAGUUGUCAUGAAGGGUCUGGUGCUUCCUGAAACUCAUUUCAUGAAGAGGAAUAGAAUAAAAUGGUGUGAGGAUGGACUGAAGAGACUCAGAAAGCCUGUGAGGAAAAUUCUGUCGCCACAGACAACAAAUUUGCAAAUUGUACCAUAGAUUAAGAGUCUUACACCAAGGUGGUGCAUGGAAGGGACACAGGUUUAUGUCAUGCUUGGAAAGGAGGAUAUCUACACUGGGGGUGGGCUCCAAACCAAUGGAUUCAAAACUGCUUUUAAAGAUAGGUCAGAUAGCCAUCUGUCAGGGCUUCUUCAGCUGUGGUUCCUGCAUUGCAGGGUGUUGGACUGAAUCUUGGGGACAGGCCCUUUCAACUACGGGAUCAGUGAAGGCAAGUCAGCAUGGAUCCCACUGGUCUGCCAUCUGUUUCAAGGUUUUAGGAUUAUAGAAGCGUUAACUCCAUACAAGUGAUGGGCAGAUUCUCUAGCUGGGAUUCCUGCAUCGCAGUGGGGUUAGACUAAAUGAAUUUUGGGGGUUACAUCCAACCCUACAAUUCUGAUCUUUGACUCACUGGAGGUUUGUCAGCAGAUGACGGAUGGCCACCUGUCAAAGAUUAUUGAACUGUGGUUCUUGCCUUGCCGGGAGUUCAAACAUCUAAAGGGCUGUCACAUGGAAGAUAAACCAAUGGCUUCAAGUGACAACAAAGGAGACAAAAACCUUAGGAUGAACUUUCUGAUGGUAAGCGCUGCUCGACCGUGGAACGGACUCCAUCAAAAGGAGGUGAACUCUCCUUCAUUGGAGGUUUUUAAACUGAGAUUGGAUGGUCACCUGUUGCGUCCACUGCUACAAUCUAGUGGUUUCCGCAUUGUAGUGGGCUGGAUGAGAUACCUUCCAACUCUACGUUUCUAUGAUUUCCCCACACUCCGACUGAAGGCCUGACCAUUCCAAACACAGCAUCCAAAAUCAGGUUGGAAAAAGUUUUAUUUGCAAUGGAAAAUAUUGACAAUUCACGUAAACUUACAUCCCUGUCUAUGUACAUUAUGUAUAUUCUAUAUACAGACCAUACAGUGGAGAACAUGCCUGCCUGGCCAUUUCCCCUGUGCCCGUGGACCCUUCUGGCCACCCUAAGCUGCAUUGGGGAGCUGAACCACCACUCUACCAGCAUGGUCAAAACCCGAGGAAUUUGCAGGGGAGGAACAAUUUUUCAUUAAUCUAUGGAAUUCCCUCCCGCAGGAGGCAGUGAUGGCCAACAACUUGGAUGGCAUUUACAAGAGGACUGGACAAAUUUGUAGAGCAGGAGGGGGCUAUCAACGGCUACUAACAACUGUGGUUAUGUUCCACCUCCACAUCUGGAGGCAGCAGUGUUUCUUAAUGUCACUUGCUGGGAUGGUGGAGGUCCUUCUGAGUGGGCGACAACUUUCGAGCACCAGAGUUAGAAUUAAAAAUAUUUCCCCACAAAUUGGGUAAAAGGUAAGCAUCAAACACAUGUGCAAUUUUUUUCUGGGAUCCUUACCAAUUGCAGCCUGUUCAAUAUCUGACUAUAUCUGAACAUGAAAAAGGUGUUCAGCAACUUCCUACUGAAGUACUGGCUUCUCUGUUUGUUUCCCCAGCUUAGGGUUGGUGAUGCUGACACAAGUCUGCCUGCUUAGCCUGCAAAGGUCUGCAUUCCCUCUUAAACUCAACUCAGGGAGGGCAGUGAAUGGACUUAGGGGGCAGUGAACUGACUUAGGGACAAGUUACUGAGCACAGGGCACCUGAAUAUUCCACGACAAUUGGCACAGAUGGGCCAUGGAUCACAUGGCUCUAUAUCCAGGAGUCUCAUUUUAAGAUCCAACGUUUGCUUGUCAAAGAGAACUGAGUGAUAUGAUCCCACCCCAGCCUCAGUUUUUCCUAGUGAAUGCUAGGGGAUCUCCUUUUCCCUAAUGCAAAACCCAGAGGGGACCCCCUUUUUAUGCCCUUCCUUCCUGCUGCCGCACCAAUGAAUAAAUAUCCCUUGUCCGUUCUCCCUGUCCAAGUCCCCUCUAGGAUGCUGGAGCAUCUCCCAGCCGUAUGGCCCCAAAGAAGGUGGUGUGCUUGCUCAUGUUGAUGGAGAUGUCUGCGUGGACCAUCUUCACGGCGAUUUUCUGCCGGGCUUUCAGGAGGCAAACCCCGGCUGUGUAGCAGGUGUUGAAGUUGGUCUUGCCCGUCUCGAGGCUCCGCGUGCACUGCAGGAAGGGCCUCUCGUCCACCACCACCUCGUAGCUGGCAAAGUCCGUGAAGUUGAUAUAAUAUACCUAGACAGGGGGGAAAGGGCAUUAUUUUAAGAAGGCAAGGGGGCCAGGCUACAUGACCCCUGGUGUGCCUUCCAACUCUACAAUUCUACCUCUGUUUCUAAGGGCAACUGAAAUGCCCAAGUGACCUUCAACCAGCACAUUCCUUGUUCAAACAAAUGAGGAGCCCUAGAGUAUUUCAUAAGAACAUAAGAUUAGCCUGCUGAAUCAGGCCCAUGGCUCCUCUAGCCUAACAUCCUGUUUUCAUAGAGGCUGAACAGUUCCUUGUGGGAAGCAGGACAAGAACACAAGAGCAAUACUGCCCCUUCUGCGGUUUCCAGCAACUGGUGUUCAGAAGCACUGCAAUAGCAUAGCCCAGCAAUUGUGGCUUGUAGGCAUCAAAAGUCCUCCAAGCUUCCAUGAAUCUGCCUAAUCCUCUUUUAAAGCCAAGUUGGUGGCCAUCAACUGCUUCCUGUGGGGUGUGAAUGUCACAGUUUAACUAUAAACUGUGCCAAAAAGGUACUUUUAAAAACCUGUUCUAAACCUUCCAACAUUCAGAUUCAUUGGAUGUCCAUGAGUUUCCAGUGUUAGGAGAGUGGGAGAAAAGCUUUUCUCCUUGCACUUUAUCCAUGCUAGGCAUCAUUUAUAAACUCCUAUAAUGGUUGCCUCUUACUCACUGUUUCUCCAAACUAAUAAGCCGCAAACAACUGCAACUUUUCCUCACAAGAGAAUUGCUCUACCCUCUUGAUCAUUUCCUUUGUAUUGCCCUACAUCGUGGCAAGAGGAGCAAGAAUGGCUGGGGGUCUUGCACCGUUGUGAUAAAGCACGAAAACGUUUAGAAAGCCAGCCAUAAAAAGAAUGCCUCGGCAAGCAUCGCUACCUCUCCCCUUUCAGAAAAAGCAAGAGGGUCUGAUCUGACUUCCGCUUGCAGAAGGGAAGCAACUGUUUUAAAACUCUAGGAAGGAUGCAAGAACAUGACAGGCAGAAGCUAGCAGAUGUUGGAGGGUAAUGCCUGAUAGCCGUCUUCCAACAUCCCUGGAAGGUGGAGCCAGCUUUUUUCCUGCUGCUCCGGAGGAGAAGACCCAAACCAAUGGAGUCAAAUGACAAAAUCUUAUGAAGAACUUUCUGAAGGUAAGAGCUGUUUGAGAGUGGAAUAAAUGACCAUGGAAGGUGCUGGACUCUCCCUCAUGGGAGGUUUUUUAAACAAAGGUUGGAUUGCCAUUGGUGAUUCCUGCACUGCAGGGGGUUGGACUAGAUGUCCUCUGGGGGUUCCUUCCAACCCUACAAUGCUUUGAGACCUGUCCUUGUACGCAAGCAACUGGAUUGAAAACAAAGCACCUCCUUCUGUCACGGUAUUCUCUCUCUGCCACCCUAUUUUGGGAAUAGGAACAGAAGGCCUUUUCCAGCGGGAUAGCAGCAUGGAAGCAACAUGUCCCAGACUGGGAGGAAAAGGAUUUGGUUAAUUGGCCGAAAACCUUUUCGAAAAGUAUUUCAUAAUCUAAAAGCAUCUAAAGGGCAGAGCUUGAAUGACCAUUAAAAGAACUGUACUCCCCAGGGUCAUCUAAUUCACCCCCUGUAAUGAGGAAACAACAGCUAACGUACUGCAUAGUGUCUAUGCAAAUGUCUGGCUCGUCCAAGACUACACAGAGUCUUUAUUCUUGCUAGUGAUGGAACUCAGAGAUGGAGAAUACUUUUUAUGUUUUAGAAAGCUUUAUUACUUGUAAAUUGGAUCUUUGCAUGAGUGAUACUUUACUAUCCCUUCAGAGCUGCGUUGGAUACUUCUGUCCUUCCGGGCUGUGGUGCUUUAAAAUGUUCCAUUCUUGUUUUAAGAAAACAAAAAUGUUCCAUUCUUGUAUUAAUUCUUUUUGUUAUGUUUGCACCUUUUUUUCUUAACAAGCCAACAAAGUAUUAUUUUAAUUUUUUUUUAAAAGGAUGUUAACAUUUCUUUAUCUAUCAAAUUUAUAUCCCAUCUUUUUCUCCAAGGAGAUCAAAGUGGCGUACACGGUGUAUUCUUCAUUAAAUCCCCCACAACAACCCUGAGAGGUAGGUGAGGCUGAGACUGGCCCCGCAAGGUCACCACUGAGUGAGCACCUUCGGCUGCAUGGGUAAAGAGCACUAGGACCCAGGAGAGAAAAGGGUUCAUAUCCCCCAAUUGCCUAUUAAGUUCACUGGGUAAGACCUUGGGUGCCAGUCACUCUCAGUCCAACCUGCCUUUGCAGGGUUGUUGUGAUGAUAAAAUGGGGAAAUAUAUGCAUGCCACCUUGAGACCCCUGGAGGAAAGGUAGAAUAGAAAUAGAUUUAAAAAGUAAGUAAUAAAGACACAUUCUGCUUGCUCCAAAGCCGCCCCCGCCCCGGACGACCCAGGCGGUUUGCAUUUCAGAGGUACCAUACUCAGACCGUACUCACUUCUACCUGACUAUAGACGAAGUAGGUGCCGUCCACCAGCACCUCCAGCUCCCCGCUACGGGCAUGCAGCUUGAAGACACGGGGGUUCAGGGCGAGGCGGGACCAGUCGUUGAGGACUCCCCCUGAAAGAUCUCAGUAUGAGAAAAUGGCAGUCACUCAGUACCCGUUGGGAUGAGGAGAGACAAAAUACCAGAGCAACGUGAACACAGGCAACAGCCGCUUGGCAGGCAAGCGGAUGGGGGCUUGGAAGGAAGAGGUUUUUAACCGGGGUCGGGGGGCCACCUGUUAGGAAUACUUUAGAUGCAUUGCAGGGGGUUGGACUGGAAGACCCUUGGGGCUCCUUCCAACAUCACAAUUCUAUGCUUCAUUGGAGGUUUUUAAAUAGCUUGGGUGGCCAUCUGUCGGGUUUUCUUGAGCUGUGACUCCUGAACUUGCAGAGAGUUGGACUAGAUGACCCUGUGGGUCCCUUCCAACUCUACAAUUCUGAUUCAUUGGAGGCUUUUAAGCAGAAGGUGGUUAAUGACCUGUCUGGAGAUUCUCUAGCUGGGAUACCUACGUUUGCAGUGGGUUGGACUGGAUGACCCUUGGUGGUUCCUUCCAACCCUAUGAUUCCAUCAUUCACAUGAUGUUUUUAAGGGAUUUUUCAGCUGUGAGGCCUGCCUUGCAGGGGGUGAAACUAGAUGACCCCUGGGAUCCCUUCCAACUCUACAAUACUAGGAUGCUAUGGCCACGUGGGAUGGGCCU